AUGUAUUGCUGGCAGUUAUAUAACGGCAACAAGAAACAACUAACGGUGGUUGACGCGGCGGACCCAAAUGCAUCCAACUGGAUGCGCUACGUGAAUUGCGCUCGGCACUGGCGCGAGCAGAACCUCGUCGCCUACCAGUACCGGGGGCAGAUAUACUACAGGACAGUGAAAAUCAUUCCCCGUUUCACUGAACUGAUGGUGUUCUACGGCAGUGAAUACGCAAAUUCACUAAACAUCAACUUGGGGAGCUACAAUGCACCAGAACAUUAUACAGAUAUGUGUAAGUAAAAUAUUACAUCUAAUUUUUUUAACAGUUGGUAAUGGUAUGGUAACCCCGCCCGCGCUAUCGGUAUACGCUGGCGGGGCACCAGUGAUAGAUGACUGAUGAGGAU